AUGGAAGCGGCGGCGGUGGCCCCGGCCCCGGGCGGCGGCCCCGGUACCCUGCUGCUCUGCCUGGCCCUCGCCUCCGGCUUGGCGUUUUUCAGUUGUGUGGGCGCCGACGCCAACAUCACUGCCGGCCACGGCACGGAGGGGCUCGCCUGCGGCGCGGCCGAGAGCUGCACGGGGAACGUGACACAGCGGAGGCAGCAGGGUCACUUCUCCAGGUGCCCGGAGGAGUACAAGCACUACUGCGUCAAAGGGAGAUGUCGCUUCCUCGUGGCCGAGAAGGCGCCGGCUUGCGUGUGCGAGCGAGGCUACACGGGGGCUCGCUGCGAGAGGGUGGACAUCUUCUACCUGCGAGGCGACCGGGGCCAGAUUGUGAUCAUCUCCUUGAUCGCCGCCAUCGUCACCCUCAUCGUCCUCGUCGUCUGCGCCUGCCUCUGCAGUCACCACUGUCGGAAGCAGCGUAGGAAGAGAAAGGCGGAAGAGAUGGAGACGUUAAACAAGAAUUUGGCUUCCAAAAGCGAGGACGUGCUGGAGACGGGCAUCGCGUGAA